UGAUUGUCGAUCGAGGAGAGGAACCCUGGGUUCGCGUAAACGAUUGAAAUAAGAGUGACAUUUCUGUUAUCAUAACACGGAAUCAAUCCUCGAGGGAUGAUAACAAAGAUGAAUGUAAUAAUAUUCGCAGUCCUGGUUGUCUGGGUGGCAGGGGUGAGAUCAAGUGUUCUCGUUGCUGACAAUUCCAUGUCUAGAAUGAUUGAAUUAAAUGCCGGUGUACCAUUCUGCUCACUUUACACCGAUCGCGGUGUAAUCCAGAGGAUGAUACUGGGUACUGAUCCCAAAAAAGUAAGACAGAUGUCCAGCAAUCUUGUAACAGACCUAGAAGAGACCUGCCGAGCUGCCCAAAAUACAAAGCAAACACCAGGGGGUGGAUUAAUCUACCCCGGAACAAAGUGGUGUGGACCUGGUACUCUUGCAACAUCUUACGACGAGCUUGGACAUCAUGCAGCUGAAGAUGCCUGCUGUCGAGAGCACGAUCAUUGUCCAAUUGUCAUCAAUCCCCACCAAUGCAUGAACGGCAUCUGCAACAGCUCGCCAUUCACCAGGUCCCACUGUGACUGCGAUGCCAAAUUCAGACGUUGUCUUCAGAAUCUCAACACCGAAGUCGCCAAUACCCUGGGUGCCCUCUUCUUCAACGUCGUGCAGGUCACCUGCUUCAAGGAGAGACGACCCUGCUCCCAGUGGCAAAGUUGCAAAUUACUGCAGUGGGGACGAUCCCCAAGGUACAUACCCCGGGUUGGAGCUCGCAGAUGGAGAUGUCGAGUGCUAUCAUUAUUAAAGAUAGUUUUAAAUGUUGUUACUGAUGUAGUGCAAGAGCACCAGAGGAACACACUCGUCAAAAAUAUCUAUCAUUUAUAAAUGGGUAUGGAGAGGCUGAAUCAGAUCGUCUCUGCUCGCAGUAUCAAUUUCGACCCAGUGAAAAGUACGUUCCCCUGAUGCCUCUGAAC